GCAGAUCUUGGUCGUGAAAUCCAUGGAUUAUCAUGCUCAUGUAAACCCUUGGCAGGAUGGGUUGCAAGGGAUGCUAUUCAAGAGUGUCGGGAAGCCUGUGGAGGCCAUGGUUACCUAGCAGUAAACCAGCUUGGGAAGCUCCGUGAUGAUAAUGAUCCAAACUGUACAUAUGAAGGUGACAACAACAUGCUCCUUGGCCAGACCAGUAACUAUCUUCUCUCUCUGCUUGAGUUAAGACAGAAAGGACAACCCAUCUCGUCUCCUCUACACACGGUAGAUUAUCUAAGCGAUGCCAAUCAGAUUCUACAACAGGUAUUUAGUGCCAAAACAGAGGAUGAAUGCCGUAACUUAGAUGUGUUGCUCCAGGCAUACCAGUGGUUGGUCUGUUACUUGUGGUUGGAGAGUGGAUCAAAAUAUAACCAACAAUUAGCCUUUGGAAAGGAGCCAUUUUCUGCUAAGAAUGACAGUCAAGUUUAUUUCUGCCGUUCCUUAUCAUUGGCUUACGUUCAGUGCGAGGUACUUCGACGCUUCAGGGAUGCCUGUCAAAGUGAAGACACACCUGAAGGUCUUCGCCCUGUUCUUAAGAAGAUGUGUUCCUUAUAUGGCUUGUGGUCCCUCGAGAAACACUUGGCUACACUCUAUGAAGGUGGAUACUGCAUGUCAACUAACGAUGCACGACUCAUUAAGAGUGCUAUAAUUACCUUGUGCUUUGAGGUAUUUAUUUCAGAUUUUCUCUCUCUUUGUUCCUUGAUCUAGAUUCAAUUUGCCGGAAUUUUAAAAUACUGCAAUUCUUCUCUGGCAACAUUUAAAUAUGCAUAAUUACAAACCGGUUGGGCUUCUGCUCGCUCUGAAUAUUUUGGUCAUUUUAUCCCUCUCUGACGUUCUUUCCGAUGCCAAUUACAAUGAAAAGGUCUCAAGAGUUAAUUUUCUCUAUCCUGCAAUCAAACUGGUUCACGAUAUCGAAGUAAAUCCUGGACC